AUGUCAUUCGCACCCCCAGCCGGUCCUCCACCUCCCCGUGUCCCCGAUGGCUGGGUAGCGCAGUUCGAUGAUAAGUACAAGGAAUGGUUCUACGUCAACUUGAAAACUGGCAUUUCUCAAUGGGAACGGCCUCCAGUUCCUGAUACACUUCCACCGUCAUACGACCAAGCAUCUCCAGCGACGACCGGCGAUCCAGCCGCUGCCUCAGUCACCACUGCUGCUGGUGAGGAAGCUGCAACAGGCGAUGUAAAGAAGACAUCUACCACCACCACCUCCUCGUCCACACGGCUGGAACUGGGAUCGAAUAACCCAUAUAACCCAGCGCGCCAGCGGAGCAGGAGUCCUUCGGCACCUGCUACCCGUACAACUGCAGAUAGCCAGAUGAUAGAUGAAGAUGCCAAGUUAGCCGCAAAGUUGCAGGCGGAGGAGGAUGAACGAGCACAUCAGAGACACGAGCAAGGGCAGCAAAAAUAUGCAGGCAGUCCACAGUCACAGUCACAACCUCCACCACAGCAACAAUAUCAACAACAAGAACAACAACAACAACAACAAGAACAACAACAUCAACAACAACACCCCCAUUCAUCGCCGCCGCCGCUGCAGCAGUGGCAGCAACCACAGGAAACAAAAAGAUCCAGCGGCGGCGGUUUCUUCGGCAAAUUACUAAACAAAGCGUCUGCCAAAGUCCACCACGGCAGCAGCAACAGCGGUAGUGGCAGCGGUUUUGCCCCCCCGCACAACUACAACCAACCAUACCAACAACAGCCAUAUCAACAAUAUCAGCCUCCCUACCCGGGCCCACACGGAUAUAACGGCUACCCGCCCGGGGCCGCCCCCGGCGGCGGUGCCCCCUUUUAUGGCCCGCAGCAGCCAUAUGCGCCCGGACCACUGCCGAAACAGCGAAAGGGGUUUGGCGGCAUCGGGCCCGGCGGAGCGGCGGCACUAGGCCUCGGUGGUGGCUUGUUGGGCGGUGCGUUGUUGGCGGAUGCGAUUGGUGAUCAUUAUGAUUAUCAGGAGGGGUAUGAGGAUGGACUGGCGGCGGGGGAUUUUGGAGGGGGAGAUUUUGGAGGGGGUGAUUUCGGAGGAGGGGAUUUUUGA